AUGCCAGAACCACUUCGCAUCGUAGUGGUUGUUGGAGCCACAGGCAAUCAAGGCGUGGGCGUGGUUCGCGCACUGUUGGCCUCGGAGACAGCAGAUGGGAAUCCAUGGUUCGUCCGUGCAAUGACGCGAGAUCCCAAUUCGGAGAAAGCAAAGCGCUUUUUGGCUGAUAACCAGACGACUGACAACCGUCUUGCCCUUGUCGCCGGACAUGUAUAUGACAAGAGCUCUCUCCAAGAUGCUUUUGCCGGCGCCUAUGGCGUCUUCGGUCUCACGUCCGAAGCUUACCCCGGUAGAGUCCUGGAGAGAGAAGAAGAGAUGCAACAUGAGAUUGAAGCGGGACACAACAUGAUCCUAGCAGCUAAGGCAUGUGGCAUCAAGCACUUCGUCUUUAGUAGCUUGCCUGAUAUGGUCAAGACAACAAGAGGGCAGUUUCCAAAGAUCCAUCAUAUGAACAACAAGCAUGCGAUAGAGCAGAUUGCGAGAGAAGAGCUCGAGAGAGUUACUUUUAUUAUUCCAGCAGAUGGAGUUGUUCGCUUCUGUACUCCAAUUCCAGGUCACCAGGCUGCGCAAUGGACCGACCCAACCCAUGAUGUUGGCAUUUUUGCUGCAAGAAUAUUCGAUAUGGGACUUGAGAAGACCCAUGGAAAGACCUAUCUUGCGAUGAGUCCUCCAAUCACGGCCGACGAUAUGGCCAAGGCCUUUACGCGAGUCACAGGUCAGCCCGCGAUUCACGAACCAAUUUCUGCUGAAGAAUUCGCAGAGUUGGCAGUUCCCUUAGUCGGGCCAGGAUUCAAGGAGGAUGCCAAGCAGAUGAUGGAAUGGGCUGCUGUGAUGCCAGGUGAUAAAGUUUGUUAUGGGGCUAUGGGCGCGGAUCAGGACGAUUCUUUCGAGGUGCUGGGCUUGAAAGCGAGUUCUUUUGAGGAUUGGCUUCAUCGAAGUGGAUGGGUGGGACCUGCCUGA